CCAACUUCGAAAGUAUACAUUUCACGCAUUCAGCUGGAUACAGGCAAGACAACACAAGAUCGAAGAAAUUUUCAGAAGAAAUGGCUCGUACAAAGCAAACCGCUCGCAAGUCAACCGGUGGAAAAGCUCCAAGAAAGACCUUGGCUACGAAAGCUGCUCGUAAAAGCGCCCCAGCAACUGGUGGUGUAAAGAAACCUCACAGAUACAGGCCGGGAACUGUCGCUCUGCGUGAAAUCCGUCGUUAUCAGAAAUCCACCGAGCUUCUGAUUCGCAAGCUGCCAUUUCAGCGUUUAGUUCGUGAAAUUGCACAAGAUUUCAAGACCGACCUUCGCUUCCAAAGCUCUGCCGUAAUGGCGUUACAAGAAGCAAGCGAAGCCUACCUUGUUGGUCUGUUUGAAGACACAAAUUUGUGUGCCAUUCACGCUAAGCGAGUCACCAUCAUGCCAAAAGAUAUCCAGUUGGCACGACGAAUCCGUGGCGAACGAGCUUAAAUCAAAGCUACACAAACUUAAUCAAACAACGGCUCUUUUCAGAGCCAACAAAUCUUCCAAAAGAAGUAAACGAAGUCGAUAUAAUUCCACACAAUUCUACAUAUCGCCACGACAAUUUGUUAAUUAUAGUGGCCCUAAGCCCAGCUUUUUACUUCUUUGCAACUCCCUGUGCUAUUCCUGUGAAAGCAGAAACAGCGGAAGCCUAUUCAAAAUUGAAGUAGCCUUUGUAAUCUCCAAAGUUCUGUAAAAUGCAGUGCAAAUGCUAAGCAAGCAAUUCGUUCUUCAAAUUUUCGUCAAUAACAAUUCACAGCUUUUGUUCAAGCGUGUUUCCGCGCAGUACGCCUACAAUGUCGCCCGCCCACGCUUGAAGAUUGAUUUCGCCUUGUGAAAAAGUCAAUAUGGGCACUAUCAAAUUGAGUAGCUAAUGGUAUAUAAAUUUUAACUUUCUUUCCAAAAGUUUUUUGUUUCUUUCUUAUUGCUAAUCCCCAAAGGGGGAUAGCUAUUUAUGCAAGUAACUUCUGGCAGCCUGGGCUUUGUGUACCUCUAAAUGGGGGCUUUAUUUCUUGCCUUACACGUUACAAUACCGAAACUACCUAGGUGUUUCGCACGACACGAUCGUACUUAUGACAAUGUUGAUUGUCAACAAUGACAAUGCUGUAAAUGCAAAGAUGAGGUAUUGAUGUAGAAGAUAUGAAACAGAGUGUAGAGUUGACCAAUACAGAUGUAAAGUUUUUAAAAUAGUAAUCUUUGUAACCUUUGCAAUGAUCCUAGUAAUUUUUUAAAACGUUGCCAUUAUUAGUUGAGUGUCGUGACUUACAUGUCAAGUUGGCUGAUGUGAUAGCCAUAACAUUUCUCCUUGGCAGUUAACAAUGACCUGUUUGAAUGCAAAAAUUAAUACAAAUUUAUAUAAAUAAACGUGAACCGAAGCCCUGAGUUCGGGUUGGCACGUGAGAAUUUCUAACUGCAUGGAUUGUAAUUAGCUCUC